CUGGAUGUGUGCAGCUCCAAAGGGGUGGAUUAGCAACAUGGUGCAGCCGGGCAGCAGUGACUGUACCAUGAUGGGAGACUAUUCCUCCUUCGGGAGAGCCGCUGCCCCCCAAUUGCCACCCGAACUGGCAGGACACGAGGUGAUCCAGCACUUCCUGGCCGAGAACAGAGACCUCAAAGAAGCCAUCCGGCAGAGUAACCACAUGCUACGGGAACGCUACCGGGAGUUCCUGCAAUUCCAGGCUUCCAACAAGGAAGAGAAGGACUUUCUCAUGCGCAAGUUCCAGGAGGCACGGAGCAUCGUGGAAGGUUUGCAGUUGGAACGGGCACAGCUGAGAAGGCAGCUGGAGGAGGCUGUCCGGAAACUGGAGCUGCUGAAGAGCCAGCAGGCGACUCUUCGGCCGUCUUCUCCAGAGGAAGGGGCCUCUGGAGCCCAGGAAGAGGCAGACACUGUGACCCUUACUCAAGAGGAAGCCGUUCUUGCCGUGGUCCCGGAAAUGCCAAAAGAGCAGAAAGUGAGGCCGGGGGAAGAUGUGAAGGCGCUCCAGGAAGCCAUCGAGGCCCUGAAGAAAGAGAAUCUGUCCUUGCAAGCCGAGAACUGCGCGUUACAGCUGGCGACGAAGAUCUCCGUGCCCUCAGAAGAGUCCUCGGCAAAGAUUAAAGAGAAUGGACUUCCGGCAGAGUGCCCCCUGGAGGUGGAGUCCCUGCAGGGUUCCGGGGAUGACAGGAAGGGUUCCAGCGGGGACCAGGCCAAGCAGCUGUCUCAGAAGCUGAAGGAGGUGGAAGAGGAGAGGGAAGCCUUUCGCCAGCAGCUGGCAUCCGCCCAGGAGGAGUUGGCCCACUUGGCAGCCCGGCAGCAAGAGACCCAGCAGCAGCUGCAGCAAGUGGGGGAGGAUAAGGCCUCCCUCAAGGCUCAGGUGACCUCUCUGCUGGGGGAGCUACAGGAGAGCCAGGACCGCCUGGAGACCAGCACGCAGGAAAAGAAGGCGCUGGAGGAAAGGGUGCACGGGGCCGCCGAGCGACUGCAGCACCUGGAGAAGGAGGCGGAGGCCCGGACCAAGCAGCACAGCGUUCAAGUGGAUCAGCUGCGGCUGAAGGUGCAGGACCUGGAAAGCGCCCUGCGGGUGGAGAGGCAGAGCGCCACGGAGGAGAAGAAAAAGCUAGCCCAACUCCAGGGGGCUUAUCACCAGCUCUUCCAGGAGUACGAUGCCCACAUCAAAGCCAGCAUGGAGAACGAGAAACGCAUCAAGGUCUUGGAUCAGCAGGCCGUCGAGCUCUCUGACCAGCUGCAGCAAGCUGAGGAGGCCCUGGUGGCCAAGCAAGAGCUGAUCGACAAGCUGAAGGAGGAGUCCGAGCAGCACAAAGCCGUCAUGGAGACCGUGCCGGUCCUGAAGGCGCAGGCGGACAUCUACAAGACGGACUUCUUGGCGGAGCGCCACGCUCGCGAGAAGCUCCACGAGCAGCGGGAAGCCCUGCUGGAGCAGCUGGCCCAACUGCAGCGCGACUACGAGAAGCUGAAGGCCGACUCGGAGGGCACCAGCCGGGCUCUGAUGGAAGAGAUGAGGAAUCGCCACGCCGAGGUGCGCCCCCCACCUUCUCAGACACCCUACCUGAUGGGCGCCGCCCCCUUCCACCCCCAGCUGACCGCGGGGCCAAGGCACAGCGUGGCGGAAGAGCAGCCGGACUACUGCUGCCCCAAGUGCCAGUACAGAGCUCCGGACAUGGACACGCUCCAGAUCCACAUCAUGGACUGCAUACUGUGACGGCCGCGGAGGAGGAGUCCCCCCUGCCUGACUGCGAAAAUGUGCUUUUUUUGCUGCGUGGCCUUAAUCGGAGCCCGGUGAUUCGGCUGCUACGAGUUGACCUUGGACGGUUGUGCUCCUCUCCUGCACCCCCCCCCAUCCCCUCCCCACAAAUUUAACUUUUUUUUUUCUUCUCCUUCAAGUGUGGUUGAGCCUGCUGCUCUCCUUUUGGGGCUCGGCGGCCGUGGGGGAGAAGGGCUGUUGCACUGUUCCUUAGGUGGUUAUGAAUGUCGUCACGGUCUGCUGUAUUAGCGCGAGUAACGCCAUCCUUUUUGGGGGCGAGCGGAUUCAGGGUAAACGAGUACAGAGAAGCGUUCUCGUUUUGGGGUGCAGUAAGAGACGUUUCUGCGUACCUCGUUGGCUGCGAAAGAGCCGUGUUCUAAUCCGACCCUAUAGUGCCUUUCACGUUUCCUCAGGCCGACUGCGAGGAGGCAGAAAAUGUAUAGAAAAACCGUACCAAAGGGAGACCGACCGUUCUCCUCUGCUUCCUGAGGAGCUGCUGGUUUCGGCAGCCGCGGGAAAGCCGCUGUGUAACUCUUCCCUACGAUUGAUUAAAGCAAAGUUGCAAUA